AUGACACACGCCGCUUCGAAAGACGACCUGCGCGUCAGCACCCUCUUCGACUUCUCCAACCAUGUCGCUCUUGUAACUGGCGGAGCCACUGGCCUCGGCGAGAUGGCCGCGCAAGCUUUCGUCCAAAACGGUGCACGCGUCUUCAUCGCCUCGCGCAAAGAGAAGGAACUCAAGUCCACGACCGACCGCUUGAACAAACUCGGGCCAGGAAAAUGCGAGUACAUCGUUGCAGACCUGAAGGACAAAGCGGGCUGCCUCGGCCUCUGCGCCGAAGUAAAGAAGCGGACGGAUCGAUUGACGGUGCUGGUGAAUAAUACCGGCGCGAGUUGGGGCGAUGACUACUAUGACUACCCUGAGCAUGCGUGGGAUAAGUUGUACAGUUUGAAUGUGAAGAAUAUCUUCUACAUGACCGUUGGGAUGGAACCAUUACUACUUAAAGGAGCGACCCCGCAUACUCCUAGUCGGGUUAUCAAUAUUGCGAGCAUGGCUGGUAUCACCACAGUUGAUGUCACGACGGGGGAGGCUGGUGGACUGUCGAAGCCGGGGCAAGGCACAUUCUCUUACGGCCCGGCAAAGGCAGCAUGCAUCCACCUCACCAAAAUGCAAGCCUCCAAGCUCGCCCCCAAGAAUAUCAUGGUAAACGUCAUCUGCCCUGGCGUCUUCCCGUCGCGAAUGACAAACUUCGGUCUCGAAAAGUACGCCGACGCCUUGAUAUCAGGGCAACCAACGGGCAGGGUAGGCAAGCCGAGUGAUUUUGGAGGACUUGUGCUAUUCUUGAGUAGCUCGGGUAGU